AUGGGAGCAAAAGGAGAGAUAAAUCUACGACUAAUAUUGGUCAGUGGUAAAACGAAAGAUUUUGUUUUUGAUGUCGAUUCAUCCGCCGAUCAAGUGGUUCAAUAUGUUUUUGAUCAUUGGCCACCAGAAUGGCAAGAAGAGAAAGUAAAAUCGGCGUCACUACUAAAAUUGAUAUAUCAUGGCCGAUUUCUUCAUGGAUCUUUACCACUAAAAACACUGGAUUUACCGGUUGGCAAAACUACAGUGCUGCAUCUUGUAACCCGUGAAAAUCUUCCGACUAAUACGCCCAGUGGUAUGUAUCAGUUAUUCAUCUUUUAA